GUGUACAUAAAAAAAAACCGAAAGUCUUGACGGAAGAAAAAAUCUUCUCAAUAUGAAUUUUCAUAGGCAAUACGCUUUGUUAAGUUUAUGGAUUUUGCUGUUGCUUGCUAAUGCAAAGGCCAACGUCAAACAACCUUUGGUAUAUCCACAAUCGCGCAUUGUGGGAGGAUCAAAUGCCAUACAGGGACAGUUUCCCUAUCAGGUGUCCUUGCGCAUCGAAAAUAAUCAUAUAUGUGGAGGAUCAAUAAUCUCAUAUAAUUACAUAGUGACGGCAGCGCAUUGUGUGGUCCAAGGAAAUCCACCAAAACAAGUUGAUCCUCAUUCUCUUACCAUCUAUGCUGGUAGCAAUUACAUUAACAGUGGUGGCCUUGUCUUAAAAGUAGCUGAAGUCAAAGUUCAUCCAUCAUACAAAGGUGGCAAUAAUGACAUAGCCUUGCUGAAGUUAACACUUCCUUUGAUUUUUAAUGAACAUCUAAGAGCCAUUCCAUUGGCCGUGCAUGAUUCACCAACAGGAGUGCCUGUUAUCACCUCCGGUUGGGGACGUUUAAGUGACGGUGGCACUAGACCUCAAAUUUUGCAGUACAAUACUUUAAUGGCGGUAAACCACCUAGAUUGUACCCGCUGGAUUUCAGGUUUACCCUCGAGUGUAUUUUGUUUGGCGCACACUUUUGGAAAUGGAGUCUGUAAUGGGGAUUCGGGAGGUUCAGCAGUCUACAACAAUACUCUGGUGGGUGUUACCAAUUUUGUUGUUGGCAAUUGUGGUACACAUUAUCCUGAUGUAUAUGCCAGUGUGCCGUAUCAUUUGAAAUGGUUGAGGGAGAAUUCUCAGCAAUAGGCUGGUAUUACAAAUUACAAAGAAAAAACAAAAAUGCAACAAAAAAAUAUCAACAUGAA